AUGGACGAGCAGAAGAACAACGUGAACCUGCUGCUGCUGCAUGUGGCCACUUGGCUCCACGACGACGACCACAACAGCAACAACCAUGGCGUCUCCUCAGGCAAAGUCCACCGUGGCAUGUGGCUCGUGUGCCCAGGGCAAUGCGGCCAUCCUAAGCGACAGCAGCAGUGUGUCGGGCCAACGGUGAUCAAGACCACACCCAUGAUCGAAGACAAAACGGUUGCUGUCGAACAUCUUGCAGAGAUGUCAUCAGGCGAGCUGGCAGACAUUGUCCGCGACGGGCGGCAGCGUGAGCAGGAGCAGGCUGUUGAUGGGGUGUCAACCUCCUCCACUUCAUCUUCGAGCACACCCGACAAGAAGGAAUCGGCGCCUUCCGACAACCACCAAGAUGCUGUUGCCGACACUCUUCGGAAAGCCAUCACCCCACCCCAGCACAGCAUCAGCUCCCCACGCCUCUGGAGUGCCAUUGUGCCGUGUGGGCCUGCUCACUGGCACCGCGCCGGUGAAGCCCUGCAGCCAUCAUUGCCAGCAUCGGCGAGGUGGGCGGAUACAAAGGCCCACAAAGAAUCCCACACACUUAAAGACACCACGUACCUCAGCAUAAGCGCGCUGAAGGAUGCUGGGGCACGCGGCGGAGCUGGAACACGAAACACCACCACCCACAGGAGCGAGAUCCGCUUCUGGCUUGUUACUUUCAUCGUUUGCGCCGUGUUUCUUCGUCGCGUCCACCAUCGUGGCCGUGUGUGGCCAGACUCCUGGGAUGCGCGCAUGAUUGACGGCAUGUCGCAACGCAUAACCUCAUCCUCUUGCUGCUGGGCCUGGUCUCCUUCAUUUCCCGGUCGGCCAUUUCUCGUCUCCGCGGUGCAGGCUGCUUACCUGUACUCCCUGGAGGUGCUCAUUGCUGCACCCGCCUCCCACGAAGGCUCUGACUGGCAACAUCUCCAGCCUGCCGAAGGAAGGUAUAGUCAAGGCAACCGCGUGGAGGAGCGAAUUGACAUCGAGCUCGUGCAGCGCGGCGACAAACUGAAGGGUGCAGGUCAAAUGGUCGAGGCCAUGAUCACGGGGCGAAUCAACCCUCGUCUUGUCUCCAAAGGCGUUAUUGUCGUAUGGGCGGCACCAUGGUAUGUUGUCUUUGAGGCUACACACGUUGGCAGUGAGGAUGCUCAGCUGUCAAAGGCGCCCAUCCAGCAGAGACAAGCUGGCGGGGCGCUUUGUGUCAAGCAUCGUGCUGCUGUUGGUGUGUGGGUUGCGCUGCUGACCUCGGGUGCCACUGACACAUUGGAGCUCACGUCCGACGAAAGCGGCUUUCAACUGGCCGUGCUUGACAAGACGGGCACGCUGACGGUUGGAUCGCGAACAGUCACGCGAUUGUGGCGCACGUCGGCGCUGUCUCCUGCGACGGACUUCAAGACGGUCUCUGCUUGGGGCAUCUCAGCAACCGUAGACAGCAUGCCCAUUGUCAUUGGCAUGCCCACUGUGAAGAGGGCGGUGCGCCUGCUGCACCCGCACGGCUUGCGCCUGGCCAUGCUCACAUGGGCGACAAGGAGGGCAUGGCGCGGUCCAUUGGGGGCAGAGGUUGGCAUCGACAACGUGCUCGCAGCAGCGUGCAGGAGCUGGAGGCAAAAGGGCGAGGUGGUGAUGAUGGUUGGCGACGGCAUCAACAUUGAGUCAGCGGACGUCGUUCUGAUGAUCAAGGACAACCUGCUGGAUGUGUUUUUCUGGCCACACACCUGUUGCAUGCGACCGUGCUCCGCAUCCACUACAACGUUCAUCUGGGUGUGGUGUGCAACGCCGCCGACGUGUGCAGAUGGUGGAUGCUGCGACGCUGUCCACGUCUCGGAGAUCCAAUCCAUCGCAACAGCCACCACUUCGUCACCUUCUUCUGUGGUCCUGUGGCAUCAUUUUGAUGAGGGCGAUGGCUUCAUCGGCACCAUCAGCGUGUCUGCGAGUAGAGAGCAGCACCUGCUUGUGCCGGAGGCCGGUAGUUUUGGCCGUGUACAGCCUGACCUCCUCCUCGUCGCUGUACCGUGGCGCAAAGUGUUUGGAACGUGGACAAGCCCUGCCGUGUGGCCGCUCUGCUGCCCUCCGUUUGGUGAGCAUGCGAGGCUGGCAGCCCUCACACAGCACAACGCCGGCCAGUACAGCUUUGAAUCAGCCACUUGGACACGUGACGCCAAGCACGUUCUCCUGUAUGGCCGAGCUUUGCGGUGCCGGCUGCGUAAUGUGUGCUCAGCUUCAACACGAGCAACACCACGGCCGUCGCAAUCCGCCCUGUUGGCCAUCAAGGCGCGAUGCCUGGAGCCAUCGUCCUUGUCACCCACCUCCCGUUCAAUUGACUGUGGCAGCGUUGCUGAGCUGCAGCGAGCCGUGCGCAUGUUCCCUGCCACCGUGAGCACUGCCGUGGAGGAUGCCGAGACAGACACGCCGCUGUCUCUGUUGUUCACCUCCACCAGUGUGUCCUGGCUCGACUGCAACAUGGUGCAGUGUGUCGUGGACAAGGUGUGUGAGGCCAUCAGGGCCUUCUUCAACCUCGGAGGGUAA